CAAAACUUUUCAUAACAAACUUAGUCGCGCAUAAACUUACCUGGAUAUUCACCUUUUAUUUUGUGAUACUGUCAGUAGCCUUGAAAAUAGUUCAGUUGGGCUCUCAGAAUAGCAAGCACAAUGCGAGCCACAGUGCUUCUUGUGUUGUUAAGCCUUCUUUUUGAAGCAACCUUGGCCAGGCAUGUUGAUUGGGUUCCAUGCCCCCACUCAGUAUCUCCAUCACCAACUGGGAAGAAACCUGUGAUCACUCUAGCACCACAGUUUCAGAUCAACAUUGAGUGUAACAUUUUGCAGAAAAACACAAGCUUUGACAUAAUUGAGUAUGUGGAUGAGAUAAACAACAAAGCUGCAGUAUUUACAACUUCUUCUUACCACAGUGUCUCACAGUUCUAUAACUAUGAAAAAUAUGAAAUUUUCACAGUUAUCAAUGGUACAUGUACGACUAAAGACAUGAGGGCCAAUGGCAGUUAUGGGUUUAUUGGUUAUACUCCUGGAAAGAGUGGUGGACACGUCAUGAGUGUUAAAGAUUUGCUUAUGUUUGGAGAGGAGUACAACGAUACUUAUGUUGGCCCAGCAACAGUACGUGGUAUCCCAGUAGAUCAUUGGACAACCUGUGUUCAUGCCCCUGCCUUCAACAUAACAGUGACCAUGGAUUACUACUUCAACAGGCCAGAGUAUAAGACUUCCAGUGGGGACGUAGUGCCUGUUAGACUGGCAAUCAAUGGGACAUCUCCAAAUACUCGUGAUCCCUCUGGCAAGUUGCAGCCAGGCUCACAUGAGUUCAGGCACAACUAUGAAUUUAUUUACUACAAACCUGGGGCCGUGGAUCCAACAAUCUUUCAGACUCCAAAGGGAGUAGUGUGUCCAGGAAGGAUCAAUAUCAAGUCCCUACCUAACAUAACUGACCAGUUUACUUUAGAUGGGGAAACAGUACAUCAAUCAUCCAAAUCUGUUGAUAUGAUUAAGGAAUUUUAUGACUUUUCAGCCAAGAUGUUUCGUUUUGACAGGAAGCUGAAACACUCCACGAGACGCUGGAACAGAAACAUGACAGCAAAAUAUGGUGCUGCAAAUCUCAAGUUUAUUCAUGACUACAAUGCAGGCCUAGAGUAUGUUAUUGAUAAAGAAAAGGGGAACUGCACAAUUCAUCCCAUUCCUUUACUUGCUUGGGAUGGUGAGCAGAUGCCAGAUCAUCAUCAUCUUAGGAUGAAGCAUUCUUAUGAGAUGUGGGAGGGUCAAAUGUUCAACAACCUGAACACUUCAUAUGAAGGCCAGAGGAUGAUCAGAGACAUUCCAGCAGAUGUAUGGGUCACCAGUUUCCCCUCAAGGUGGAACAAGAGUCAUUAUGUGACAUCAGAAGUAUAUUUCACCCCCGCAAAUUGGACUUAUACUGUUGAAAACAACGAAAAUGAAACCAUUGUUCCUGUUGCCACUUGGAUGAAGUUUGGAAGUGGCAACAAGUCUUAUGAAUUUUUUAUGAACAUCUUUGAAUUUUACAAUGGACAUCCCGAUGAAGAUUCCUUUGAUAUCAGUUCCUGCUAUGACCAACCUAAGCAGAAGCAGGGCAUGGUGUUUAGAGUAGUGG